AUUUUUCCUAGGAGACUUGCUUUCGUUUUGCAGACACACUUUCAUUUUUCUGAAUUCUGACAUUUAACUAAAACAAAGUGCAGGUGAAGUUUAUGGAGCCCACAGCGGGGAAAAAUGAACAUCUUUCUGCUGGUGUCAGUAAUACUCCUGACUGAAACUUUUGCAGGAGCUGUCUGUGAGGCUUUGAACGUAACUGUUAUCCCCAUGCCGACUGCCAAGUGUUCAGAAGGGGAAAAUGUCACCCUUGAGUGCCACAUUUCUCAAAAGAGGAGAUCUACAAGUCUGAUAACAGUUCGGUGGUUAUUUUCUUUGUCACCGGGUGAAGAAGACUCUUUAAUGGUCAAAAUGAACAAAUUUGGAGAAGUUCAAUACUAUGGGAAUUACAGUCUUCAGAUACACAGGCAAAGGCUGCAACUACUCCGCGAAGCUGGGGGCUUGGUCUACAAACUGCUUCUCUUAAACGUCCGGCAGUCUGACCAAGGAUAUUAUAUAUGCAAAGUCCAAGAAGUUGGUAAACAUAAGAAUAAAUGGACAGCAUGGUCAAAUGGUACAGCUACAACCAUUCUGAAAGUGAUAUCUCCUACAACCUCAAAUGUUCCCACCUCCAGGAAGAAGGCUGGAGAAAUAUGGAAGCUUUUUGAAGAUUUGUACCUCUGCUCAGUACUGGUGUGCUCUUUUGGUAUCAUCUGUGUACUGCUGUUUACGCUCAUCAUUAUUUGCCAGACUCUGUUUAACAGAAGAAGAUCAAAAGCAGCAAGAUGUGACUUCAGUCAGAAAAUGAAUCUUCACAAUGGAGCUUGUUCAGGAAAACAUUAUUUAGUGAAGUGUCCCCAAAACAGCUCUGGAGAAACGGUUACAAGUAUGACCAGUUUGUCACCUCUUCAGCCACAAAAAAAGAAAAAGAAGUCAAAAUUAAAAGAAGAUGUACCACCAGCAAUCCCAGCAAAAGUGCCACGGGUAGUGAUACCACACAGGCCAAAGCUUUUAAAACCACACACUAAAAAAUUAAUCCUGCCAAAAAUUGCAGAAGAGAGCCUGACUUAUGCUGAACUAGAACUCGUUAAGACCUACCAGCAACCAAAAGGAGUUUGCACUGGAACAGUAUAUGCUCAGAUCCUGUUUGAAGAAAACCAGGUGUGAUUCAGAAAAUGCGCCAUAUUUAAAAAAGUGCCUACUAUUUAUAACACAGACAACAACUAAACAGCAAGCCUCAUAUUUUUGUACUUAAUGUCAACAGUGAACAUUUCUUUUUAUAAUGAUAUUACUGUUUGCAGUCAUUGACUGAGCAAGCAGGAAUCUAGGAGAGAACAGAUAUACACUGACCUCUAUCUCAUGGGAUGAAAGUGGUGGGUUGUCUGCCCUCACAGUUUAUUAGACGGACUGCUAACUGCAAGCCACAUGAUUUGAAUUUAUUCGAUAGAAUUCAAGUUCUGACUGGCAGUAGUUCAUUCAUUACAGACAGCCUCUCUGGGUCUCUUGUUGUUAUUCUUCACCCACCGUUUACUGGAAUGAUGGAAGCAUCUGCAAGUAGAUUUCCAAUCAAUUGACAUUUAAUGUUGCUGUAAUACUAAACAAACCAGACAUCCUUAAGAGAACAAUCUCACAGGAAUAAGCAAACAACAUCACUCACUUACAUAACAUGCAAUUUAGAGGAAAAACAAAUGUGUAUAUUCAAUUAAGAUUUGAUAAUGGGUUGUAUAAUAACAAAUAUUUGCUUUAUGUUGUGUAAUCAUUUUACUAAGCUGCUAUGACAGAAAUUAAAGUUCAGUGUAUUUGUAUUUGUUUCAAAACGUAUAAACACCUGUUGCAGUAUUCAAAUAAUAUAAGUAGUUAUUGGCUUGUACUUUUGUAAUAACUACACAAGAUUGCUACAUUAUGAUGCCUGUUGUAUAAGUGAAUUGUCAAAGUCUCAACAAUCACAAGAGAAGCUGUACAUAUAUUGUGCACAUACCAUGGAUUCCAGCAUGCACUACGUAUGGAUACACAUUUAAAUAAAUAUAGCAGAGAAUAUUUCCUACAAACUGAAA